CAGCUGGUCUGGCUUUUAUACAUGCAGGACAUUUUUUGUUUUACAGUGAACUUUUUACUCUUCUUUUACACUUAUCUCUAACUAUAUAUAUUUUCUUUACCUGUGACUGUUUGAUUGAGCUGUCCCUCAGCUGGUCCUGUAGGGUGGUACUUCCUGGAGAAGCAGAGAUACGGUACGGGUACGGAUGCUGGAAUCUUUGAAUUGAUCGGAGCAAGUCAAGAGAAGAGAGAGAAGAGAGAGAAGAGAAAGCGUUUUGAGGAGAGGCAGAAGAAAGCAUAAAGUUCUUUAGGGAGAGGAGAGAAGAAGAAGACGGGGACAAUGGGGAGGAAAAAGAUUCAGAUCACGCGGAUUAUGGAUGAACGCAACAGACAGGUGACGUUUACGAAGAGGAAGUUUGGCCUAAUGAAGAAGGCGUAUGAGCUGAGCGUGCUGUGUGACUGUGAGAUCGCCCUCAUCAUCUUCAACAGCACCAAUAAGCUGUUCCAGUAUGCCAGCACCGAUAUGGACAAGGUGCUGCUCAAGUACACCGAGUACAACGAGCCCCACGAGAGCAGGACCAACUCUGACAUUGUGGAAACAUUGAGAAAGAAGGGCCUAAAUGGCUGUGACAGCCCUGACCCCGACGCAGACGACUCCGUCGGACACAGCCCUGAGUCUGAGGAAAAGUACAGGAAAAUAAAUGAAGACAUUAAUCUGAUGAUCAGCAGACAAAGACUGUGUGUGGCCUCAUGGGUGCUGACCUCACCACUGGCGCGGGCACCAGUGCUGGCAACGGCUACGGGAACCACCACCGUAACUCGCCUGGUCUACUGGUCUCUCCGGGCAGCAUGAACAAGAGCAUGCAGGCCAAGUCUCCCCCAACCAUGAACCUGGGAAUGAACAGCAACCGCAAGCCUGACCUGCGGGUGCUUGUCCCCCCUGGAGUCAAGAACAACAUGUCCUCCAUCUCUGAUGAUGUCGAUCUGCUAUUGAACCAGAGAAUAAACAACUCCCAGUCUGCACAGUCAUUGGCCACCCCUGUGGUUUCAGUAGCAACGCCCACCCUACCUGGGCAAGGAAUGGGCGGUUACCCAUCAGCCAUGUCCACUUCAUACGGUACUGAAUACUCGCUGAGCAGUGCAGACCUGUCCUCCCUGUCUGGCUUUAACAGUGGUAGCUCCCUUCACCUGGGCUCCAUGAGCGGAUGGCAACAGCAGCACCUCCAGAACAUGCAGCAGCACUCUGCCCUCAGUCAGCUAGGAAAUUGCAAUAGCAAUCACUUAUGUCACAAUUCAAAUCUCUCCCUGCCUUCUGCUCAAAGCCUGCACAUCAAGUCCGAACCUGUUUCUCCUCCUAGAGAUCGCACCAGCAGCACACCGGGGGGCUACGGCGUCCCGCAGCAACAGCACCCCUCGUCCCGCCAAGACUCAGGCCGCUCCCCUGUGGACAGCCUGAGUAGCUGCAGCAGCUCCCACGAGGGCAGUGACCGCGACGAGCACAGGAACGAGUUCCACUCUCCACUGGGAAUGUCCCGGCCCGCCCUGGACGGGCGCGAGAGCCCCUCGGUCAAACGUGUGCGCCUGUCCGAUGGAUGGGCCACAUGAUAGCUACGUCCAGUGCUGGCCGUCGCUCAAGCCUCGCUCACGCUGCGACGUCAUGAUGCCCCGACACCCUCACUCUCGAUAUCACCACACGACACGUCACUCACCUCCGGAGCCCAUGCUCUCUCUAUCUCUAUCUCUCUAUCUCUCUCUCUAUCUCUAUCUCUCUCUUACCUCUAUCUCUCUCUCUAUCUUAUCUUAUCUCUCUAUCUCUAUCGCUCUAUCUCUAUCUCUCUAUCUCUAUCUCUAUCUUAUCUCUCUCUAUCUCUAUCUCUCUCUCUCUCUUAUCUCUCUCUCUUAUCUCUCUCUCUAUCUCUCUCUCUAUCUCUAUCUAUAUCUCUCUCUUAUCUCUAUCUCUCUCUCUCUCUCUAUCUUAUCUCUCUCUAUCUCUAUCUCCCUCUUAUCUCUCUCUAUCUCUAUCUCUCUCUCUCUUAUCUCUCUCUCUCUAUCUCUAUCUCUCUCUAUCUCAUUGGAGGAAGGGGGGCACCUUUUUCUAUAUUUAACUGUAAUGUUUCUUUUUGCUUUUUGCAGAGUAUGUGUGCUAUACAUAUUGGAGUUCUAUAAAGCAGUGGAGGAGGUUGGAUGGAAUGGGGUUAGGGGAUAUUUUUGGUGGGGAACUAUGCAUUACUUGUGCCGUGUGUGGGAAAAAAAAUGUAUGCAUAUAAAUUUACACGUGUGUCUAUGUGCACAUAUAUGCAUAUCAACAAAUAAACAAAAAAAAGUCAGGUACUCUGUUUUGUAAAAGUACUUAUAACUUUCCUCAGUGAUAAUCAGUUACUAGUAGAGGAAACAUCCAGAGUGUAUGUUGCUAAGUGAACAGCCUAGCACUUGAGUUGGCCAACCAAUACAUGUGUACAGCGUCAAUUUCAUUGCUACCUUUCUCCGCGGUUCUCCCUUACAAAAUGUUUGUUACGAUAGAUGAUGUCAUGUUGCAGGUUCAACUUAUUUAUGUAAAUAGAGGGUCAGAUGGCAAAGGGGAGGGGUCAAAAGUUGCCAGACAUUACAGAUUAUUCAUACACAAAAUGAAAGCUAAUAUGCAACAUUUGAAGGAUUGUACAGGUAUUACCGCAGGCCCGUUGGUAGAUGUGAGGAACCAGGAAGAGAACCCAUGCUAAACAGAGAGCUCCUCAAAUAUGGAGCCUAUAGAAAAGAACAUCCUUCUACCCAAGAGCCAUGUUAGUGUAAUCAAGAAACCAUGGGUCUUGUAUUAGAUAUUCAGUAUAAAAAAACUAUUGUACGAUACACUUGCUUAUAUUUUCAUAUGAAAGAAAUACAAUGCAAAGCAUUUUUGAGGCUUUUUGUAGUUUCUAUAAGCCAGAAUGUGUUUUUUGAUAGCUUUGCUAAUAUGAAUGAGAUGGAUAGUCCGACAAGAAAUGAAAUGACUGGGCGUCCAAACCAAGCCAUGAGAACAGACUGAGAACCCAUGCUUUGCUGAACUGUUUUCUCUUUGUAGAGGUUUUGUUUUUAAACGUGUAUUUCUAAUUAUAUAUAAUAAUGAUAAAAUUAAGACUCUUUAAAAAAAAAUCUGUGAAAUUAACAUGCUUGUGUAUAGCUUUCUAAUAUAUAAAUAUAUAUAAUAAUGUUGUUUUUUUUCUUAGUGGAGUUUCUUAUGUGCAGUUGUUUGUUAUGUUGUUUUAUUUGAUCCUGGGACAGUGCUGUUCAGAGGCAUAUUUAGUCUAACCUUGAAAAGCAGCUUAACAGAGUUGACCAUGUCAUGUUUAUGAGUCAAUUAAGAAAGAUAGACCUCUUUCAAACAACAAGUUUGAGGAAACUGUGUGGGGAUUGGAAGAGGGGGUUAAUGCCCAGGCAGGAGAUGACAUCCCACUGGGCACAGACAUCCGUUCAAUGUCUAGUUUUGAUUUAGAUUUGGUUGAGUUGUCAACUAAUGUGAAUUCAAUAUGAAAUCAACAAAACAUGUCACCACGUCAUUGGAUUUAGGUCAAAGGGGUGAAAAAAGACGAAAUUCCCUUUGAAUUUUUGGGUUGAAAUGACGUGGAAACAACAUUGACUCAACCCAAUAUUUUCCCAGUGGGAUGUGACAUCCCAAAUGAAGGUUUGAUAUCACCCAUGGUGACCCAUCUUUGCUAUGUCAUGAUCCUCAUCGUUAGGAUUCUACAACAACACCCGCCCACAUCCUCUUUGAUGGGCCUUUGACCCACCUAUUUUGUAUAUUUUCAAGGUUUUAUUUAAUGUUUUCACUACAAAUCAUUUGCCAAUCAUCACAAUGAGACCCAACCUUGUGUGCAGGACACCACAUAAGUCCAGAUUAAAAUAUUUAUUUGAUAGUUUUGUAUUUGUGUCAAAUGAUCGAGCUGUUGAGUAUUUUGUGGUCUCUAAUCACGAGGUGUUGUGCUGUAUUUGACCCCACUCAGUCCAAUGGCCAGCUCAGUGUUCCACCCAGCCCCCCUCCCCCUAAUGUUUAUGCUGGUUUAGGAAAAGCAAGAGUAGAUUUCAGACAAAUAUAACUUGUUUAAAAAACAACAACAUGAAACUAGCCACAUCGCUCUCUCUCUCUGCCUCUCACUCCCUAGUCUGCUGUCACUCAAGUGUUAUGGUAUUCCUAUGUGCAUAUUUCAUGCCAGUUCACUAUGUUGUUACUGUAUGCAGUCUGUGUAGUCAGAAACAGGGGCAGAGCCCCUAUGGUGUUCUUUCUUUUUUCAAUACAAAAGUUUUUUAAAAAACAUGAUAUUUCAGGCAGCAUAUGUGUGGAGAAACCAAAGCCAGUGGCAUUUCUGUAUUGUAAUAGUAUUCAACCUUUAUUUUCACAUUCAUUUAUGGUUAUUGCAAGCAUUGAAAAAACAAUAAAAGCAUUUACUCAAAAUGUACAAUUGGUUUCCCAUUUCCAUUUCAAUUCGGUCAGACUUCAUAAUGUUCCUAUAUGUUAAACGGGUAGAGGUUUGGAGUACCAUUGCAAGUCCUUCUUAAUAAUACAUGGUGAUAGCUAACUAUAUAGUGUCAUAUGGAAUUGGCUAAUUUCAUAUUUUCAGAAGACAUGUCCUUGUGAACUGUAUUUCAAAUCCUAUAACAAAUAUGUGUAAUUGUGAGUAUAUUCAUUGUGUGUAUCAUGGAAAAGCAUGUUUUCCAACCCCUAUUUUUGUUCAUUUAGCUGGUUGAGUUACUUUACAAAAAAGACAACACCAAAAUCUCCCUUUUGAGCUGUAGUGUGUUUUCUGAGGUGUAGCUGGUGUUUCUUGAUAUUGUGUAACCAAAGACAUUGAGCAUGCUUGAUUUGAUUUCAGAUUUGAUUUUGGUUGUGGAUUUAAAGCAGUUGUAUUUCUUCACCUGUUGAUCAGUUGUAAUGUCAUUAUUCUGUAAUAACUUAUAUAUACUGGUACCUCUAAUUGACCCACCCAGUACCUCAGCUAACCUGUUGAUCAGCUACUUCUAGUGCAAAGGGAAAACUAUACACUUGUACAGUCAUGUGGUAUUUGCUUAAGGUCCCAACUAUUCACUUGGGAUUCUUUGAUUGCUUUACAUUGUUUGCGGUUUUCUUUAUUUUAGUUUUAUCCGUUUAAUAUAUAUAUAUAUAUAUAUAUAUAUAUAAGUGUGUGUGUGUGUGUGUGUGUGUGUGUGUGUGUGUGUGUGUGUGUGUGUGUGUGUGUGUGUGUGUGAAUAGCUAAAAAUGCUUACCAGUCUGUAGUAUCUAAUGUAGCUUGUAUAAAUCUGAAAAUUGUGGCGGUCUGAAAUUAGUGUUUGGAACGCAAGAGCGGCUUUCAGCGGCAUAAGCUGGCCUUUGUCGCAAUUUGAAGAUACGAUGUUAUUCAAUUAAAACCACAUCUCUGUAUCUCACGGGACUUUAUUCAGCUGUAUGUAGUGAAAAAGCAUGGAACCUGAAAUAAAAGUUUAUUCUGCUGGGGAAAGGUAUUUGUAUUUUGCAGAGAAUUCAGUAAAGUUACUGGCUUUCUUAGUUAUCCCGA